AGCACCUUAAGGCGUCUCUGGAGGAGUACAUGGUGCGGAUGCCCAAGGUGAGGAUCUUGCGCACCAAGAAGAGGGAGGGGCUCAUCAGGACACGUCUGCUGGGGGCGGCCGCCGCCAAGGGAGAGGUCAUCACUUUCCUCGACUCGCACUGUGAAGCCAACGUCAACUGGCUGCCCCCGCUGCUGGGUGAGUCAUCCUGUUAGAACACACUGAGCAUUGCUUUGCUUUCUGGUCAUUCUGUGGUAGAUGAAUAUAAUUACUGAUCUGUACAAUGUGCCCAUUACCUUGUCCAAAGGAGGGACAUUUCACGGUUACACUGAUGUUUGACUUUGGCCGUGUACCUCUUUCUCUCUCGCUCUCUCAGACCGUAUCGCCACAAACAGGAAGUCCAUCGUCUGUCCGAUGAUCGACGUGAUCGACCAUGACAACUUUGGCUAUGAGACACAGGCGGGUGACGCCAUGCGAGGAGCGUUUGACUGGGAGAUGUACUACAAACGCAUUCCCAUCCCCUCUGAGCUGGCAAAAGAGGACUCUAGCGAACCCUUCGAGUGAGUAUUACUGGACCAGACAACACAUCAGGGCCCAGCAAAUCAGCACAUGUACAAUGAUCAUAUUCCAGUUUGUGUCCAUUCAUUUUCUGUGUGAUUGCCAGUGCAGAAGUGAGACGUGUGUUAGAUGCAGUGACAGGGAACAUUUUGGAGGGCAAAAGUCCAUGCUGGUGUGAAGGCCUCUAAAUCCCUCCGAGCUCUAUGCUCCAUGGCUACUGGCCUGGUAGACAAUAUGCUCCCCUCCUCUUUCAUUGCAAGAUGAGGCAAGGCUUCCCUGGGCUCCAUGCGUAUGUGAGUGCUCCCUUAGAGGUCAGUAGACUGAAAUUGGGAAUAUCAGCUUUGCAAUUCUAAUUCAAACUAAAUUGUGACUGAAUAUUCAUGGGCGAUUAAAUGGGAUUCUAAUUCUUAUGGAGCGACACAGGAUAGCAUGAUGAAAAUCUGAGGGAUGGAGGGAGGGGUGGAAUACGAACGACGUGGUGCCAGUGAGGGAGUAACGUCAGAAGAGCAGUCCUCUUUUGAUAAGUGCUUUACAUGGUCUCCGCUGUUACCUUCCUUCCUUAUCUGUGCGGUGCAGCCUGUGGGUUCAUGGCUGUUGACUGCCAAAGACUUCUGCCUUUUGAAUGCCCCAAAACAGAAGUACUUCAGCAUGCCAGACUCAAACCAUUUGCCCUUGGAAGAUAAAAAAACAAACAGAACUUGGCUGUUACCAUUCUAGCUACUUCAGGAUUUUUCCUAAUGCUUGGGAAGCCCCGGAGUGCUCUGAGCUCCCAGCCUCCCACUGUCUGCCCUGUUUCCUUAAUUGAUCAUCCUAACGGAGAGGCUUAGGAACCAGAUGUGUGCCUGCCUGUCUUCCUGCCUGUCCGGCUCUCUCUCAUGAGUCAGAGUGAAAUGUCAAACUUUUCUCCCCCCUCCAAUAUCAAUCCAGAGAGGGUUCAUCUCUGCCUCCAAUUUAGAGUUGAAGGGGGCCACUGACUUCCAUGACAGCCCGUGGCGUUCAUGCGGGAAGUGUGUGUGUUGCCAGGGCCUGUUCUGUUGGGAGGGCCUGUAAUGUGAGACGGCAGCGAGCGUAGUGGAGACUGUAGUGUGUCUCAUUCGGACACCCUGCCUAUUUAAUUGUCUCAUUGUCUCCCUCUGACAGCCCUUCCGGUCAGGGACACCUCUCCAGUAAUAAGGAUGUCAUUCAGGGUCCCCCCCAAAUCCGGUCCAAAUCCUGUCUGCCUUUACGGGCCGUCGAUAAACACUACAUUCAUCAUUACCCGUCUGCAACUCUGAUUUAUUAGAACCUGUCAGAUAAGUUUGAAUGGCCUGAGAGUGAAGACUCAUCAAAUCACAGAGGAACAAAUGACUACGGUUGAGCGUGAAAAGCCCUGCAGCAUUGCCGUUCUUGACACACUCAAACCGGUGCGCCUGGCACCUACUACCAUACCCCGUUCAAAGGCACUUCAAUAUUUUGUCUUGCCCAUUCACCCUCUGAAUGGCACACAUACAUAAUCCGUGUCUCAAUUGUCUCAAGGCUUAAAAAUCCUUAUUUAACCUGUCUCCUCCCCUUCAUCUGCACUGAUUGAAGUGGAUUGUGACAUCAAUAAGGGAUCAUAGCUUUCACCAGGAUUCACCUGGUCAGUCUGUUUGUGCACUCAAUUUACAUCCUUGGGAUUCACAACAAGACUUAGGCCUUUAUUUUAAUUCAGAGCCACUUGAGGGAAGUGAUCCUACAGUGGAGCUGGAGUGCCAAUAUGUGUUUGCCAUUGUGUGUUUGCCAUAGACCACUGCGCCUCCCGAGUGGCGCAGUGGUCUAAGGCACUGCAUUGCAGUGCUAGCUGUGCCACUAGAGAUCCUGGUUCGAAUCCAGGCUCUGUCGAUGCCGGCCGCGACCGGGAGGCCCAUGGGGCGGCGCACAAUUGGCCCAGUGUUGUCCAGGGUAGGGGAGGGAAUGGCCGGCAGGGAUGUAGCUCAGUUGGUAGAGCAUGGCGUUUGCAACGCCAGGGUUGUGGGUUCGAUUCCCACGGGGGUAUAAAAAAUAAUGUAUGCACUCACUAACUGUAAGUCGCUCUGGAUAAGAGCGUCUGCUAAAUGACUAAAAUGUAAAUGUAAUUAUGCGUUGAGUAUGACGCCUAUUAUGCCGUGGCGUUGAUGGUUUCAUUGUUUUUGUGUUGUUCAGAGAACCCCCAGGUAAGCUGAGCCGCCUGCACGUAACUCUCAAAUUGAUGAGUCUAGUUGCGUUAUAAAGCCUUCGUCUGGCACAAACGGUCUAUAAAGACUGUUGUAAACCGCGGGCCUGCCAUUGCGUCACCUUUCCUAACUGAUUUACACACUUUUGAUUGGUAUGAAUAUCUUCCUGUCCUUUUGGUUGGUUUGAAGCCAGUGAUUGAUUUAAAGGACAGUGUCAUCAUGUUGGGGUAUGAGUGUGACAGGUAUUGGCAUUGUAUACUCCCCUUCUGUCCUUGAGGUCUCCUGUGAUGGCUGGUGGACUCUUCGCCGUGGACAGGAAGUGGUUCUGGGAGUUGGGAGGAUAUGACACAGGACUGGAGAUCUGGGGAGGAGAGCAGUACGAGAUCUCUUUCAAGGUAAAAUGACACUGGACGCAAAGACAGCUUUGUUGAUUUUGGGAAGAUUACCUUAUUGACUUACAGUUGUGUUCUUGGAUUUUUAGUCCUGGAGAUACACAGGGUGUGCAGGCUUUUGUUCCAACCCUAGUACUACUGUAACACUUCAUAAUAAGGGGCUUCAUAAUAAGUUGGUCCCGUGUGGCUCAGUUGGUAGAGCAUGCGCUUGCAACGCCAGGGUUGUGGGUUCGAGUACCACCAGGGACAAGUACAAAAAUGUAUGCACUCACUACUGUAAGUUGCUCUGGAUAAGAGUGUCUGCUAAAUGACAAAUGUAUAAGUUGAGUCAGGUGUACUGGACUGGAACAAAGGCUUACUCACCCCGUAGUUCUCCAGGACCAGGGUUGAAGAACACCAAAUCUCACCACCAACAAGCUGAAGCCACCGCUGCCUAGUUUAAUCAGAAGCCCAUUAACUAAUGAGCUCUAAGGCAACGAUGGAAGUUGGCAUUUAGAUUUCACCUCAUAUUUCAAUCAUUUUGGUCCAAAUCUGCUCUGCUUCUCCAAGAGCUCCUACAUCCAUCAAACUCAGAAACCAUAUUAGAUUAUGCUUUAGAGUUCUGCUUCACUGUGAAUUAUUCUAUAGGAUAGCCAUUUAUUAUGUGGACUCGCACGCAUGUAAAGCAUGAGUCUCCCCAUUGUCUCCAAACCCCAGCCCUCCUCUUCCCCUUUUGGAGCUAAAGUGUUUAAAAUAAUUGAAUUGUGGUUUUAAAACAACAAGGUUCUUGCAGACUCACUUAUAUUCAGCUCACUGGUACUGCCGGUGUACAUAAAGUCUGCAGAAAGUCGAAGUGGCACUCCUCUACUUGGCUAAAGACUGCAUUAGAACAUGAAACCCUGGGAGAAAGUUUGGAGAGGGUGCAGCAAAACCCAUCCUCUCAUCCUUCCUCUUGUCAAAUUAAAGAGGUUGAUUCGCCGUCUAGACUCUUGACAGAUCUCAGGCCUGGUCUGGGAAUAGGACGGAGACCAAAAUGUUCAAAGCGGCCCAAAAUUCACUCAGAUCAUUCUGUAACCUUUUACAAAUGUAAUGCUGUGACUCCACUGUUGGAAUGCAGAGAUAAACUGAUAUAAAAGGAUAAUAAAACCAUGGCAGAGACAAGAGAAUAUUCUCUUCAUUGCUGCCAGAUGAUACUUUGGUAAUACAGCCAGUGAAGGAUAUGACACGGGACUGGAGAUCUGGGGAGGAGAGCAGUACGAGAUCUCUUUCAUGGUAAAUGACACUGGACGCAAAGACUGCUUUGUUGAUUUUGGGAAGAUUACCUUAUUGACUUACUGUUGUGUUCUUGGAUUUCUAGUCCUGGAGAUACACAGGGUGUGCAGGCUUUUGUUCCAACCCUAGUACUACUGUAACACUUCAUAAUAAGGGGCUUCAUAAUAAGUUGGUCCCGUGUGGCUCAGUUGGUAGAGCAUGCGCUUGCAACGCCAGGGUUGUGGGUUCUACAGUGGAGCUGGAGUGCCAUGCACUUGUCCUGGCCUACUAGCACUGAUUUUGCUGAUAAACACUUUGUUGAGGGAAAAUGUACUUGCUACGAUUAUGAUAUGUUGUCUCACUUAGCUAUCUUAAGGUGAAUGCAGAAAUGUAAGUCUCUGGAUAAGAGUGUCUGCUAAAUUAUUAUUAUUAUUUUAAUGUAAAUGUAACCACAAACUUUAAAUAACUCUAAAUAGCACUUCACAUUUGCCAAGAUCCACCCCUCAGUUGACAAAUGCAAAUGUUAGGCCCCACUGUGGGCAGAGAGAAAGUGAUUGUGGAGUGCUGCUUUGGUAACUGUCAUUGGCUGUAGUGUCUUCUCUAUUGUAGACUGCCCACCCUGCUCCGUACUUCAGUGGUUUUAGAGGUCGUCAGUAGAGGUAGAGGGAUUAGCAGCGCUGCACACUAAUCCACUGACAGCACUUUGCUAGAACUUUUGAUCCCACUUUCUCAUUAAAUAUAAAUGUUUUUAGAGAAGACAUAACAUUCCAAGUGGAGCGCGGUGGUCAGGGAGGGCACAGGGUUCAGUCAGACAGAGUGACCCUGCCAUGGAUGCUAAUGCGAUAGGAGUAGGAUGAAGUUACCCCUAACCUCUGUUAUAGGGUCAGAUAUGUUGUAUUCCCCUAAUGCAGGGAUCAUCAACUAGAUUCAGCUGAUGGUCAGGAGGCCGAAACAUAAUUAUAAAUAAUUUGUAGACCUGCAAAUUGACCGCAAGAAGCCCAAACAGAUAUAACAUUUGACUAAAACAUAAUCACUUCAAACCUUUCUUACAUUUGUAUACAAUCACAUAUACCCUAAAACUUCAAUUAAACACAGUCUCAAAUAGCCGGCUGUCCCUUUUUAAUAGCCGGGCAAUGGCACACAUUUCAGCAAAAAAGUGCCUGUUUCAAAUAGACGCCGGGUCUAAAUGAAUUGUUGAGGUUACCAUGCAUUACCAUGAAUUGUUUACGAGGUUUAAUGUUUGAUUUGUUACAUUAAGUUAUUCAGUAAUGACUCGAAAAAAUUAUGGCAAUCAUCUGUUUUUAUCGGCAGUAAGAAACUGCUAGCCAUUGGCUGCAAACAUCUAAGAACUGCUAGCUUAACUGGCAAGCACAAAAACAGUCAACAACUUUGGGAGUACAGACCAGACUAUGCGAGUGGAGCGAGGAGCGGAGUGUGCCCAAUUUGACUGGAGCGCAGAGCGAGUUUCCCAAAGGCUGGAGCGUAGGCCUUCUCGCCUGCUCCAGUACCCGCUCACUUCACGGUUUGUUUAUUUUUAUUUAUUUGGUCGUUAUAAAAAUAAGCUUUUGCUGUUUUGUUUUUUUAGGAGGUAGAUCAGCUUUAAUAUUGCAGAUAGAUUGUGGCUUCUAUCAAUGUAAUUGUCUGUAUCAUUUCCAAUACCCCAUAUAGCUUUUGUAUGUGUAUGUAUAUAUAUAUAUAUAUAUAUAUAUAUAUAUAUAUAUAUAUAUAUAUAUAUAUAUAUAUAUAUAUACACUACCGUUCAAAAGUUUGGGGUCACUUAGAAAUGUCCUUGUUUUCGAAAGAAAAGCAAAAAAAAUUGUCCAUUAUAAUAACAUCAAAUUCAUCAGAAAUACAUGGUAGACAUUAUUAAUGUUGUAAAUGGCUAUUGUAGCUGGAAACAGAUUUCUAGGCAGAGUUGCAAAGAAAAAGCCAAAUCUCAGACUGGCCAAUAAAAAGAAAAGAUGAAGAUGGGCAGUCUGAGAUAUGGCUUUUUCUUUGCAACUCUGCCUAGAAGGUCAGCAUCCCGGAGUCGCCUCUUCACUGUUGAUGUUGAGACUGGUGUUUUGCGGGUACUAUUUAACGAAGCUGCCAGUUGAGGACCUGUGAGGCAUCUUGUUUCUCAAACUAGACACUAAUGUAUUUGUCCUCUUGCUCAGUUGUGCACUGGGGCCUCCCACUCCUCUUUCUAUUCUGGUUAGAGCCAGUUUGCGCUGUUCUGUGAAGGGAGUAGUACACAGCGUUGUACGAGAUCUUCAGUUUCUUGGCAAUUGCUCGCAUGGAAUAGCCUUCAUUUCUCAGAACAAGAAUAGAUUGACGAGCUUCAGAAGAAAGUUAUUUGUUUCUGGCCAUUUUGAGCCUGUAGAGAAACCCACAAUUGCUGAUGCUCCAGAUACUCAACUAGUCUCAGGAAGGUCCGUUUUAUUGCUUCUUUAAUCAGCACAACAGUUUUCAGCUGUGCUAACAUACAGUUGAAGUCGGAAGUUUACAUACACCUUAGCCAAAUAUGUUUUUCACAGUUCAUGACAUUUAAUCCUAGUAAAUAUUCCGUUUUAGGUCAGUUAGGAUCACCACUUUAUUUUGAGAAUGUGAAAUGUCAGAAUAAUAGUAGAGAGAAUGAUUUAUUUAAGCUUUUAUUUCUUUCAUCACAUUCCCAAUGGGUCAGAAGUUGACAUACACUCAAUAAGUGUUUGGUAUCAUUGCCUUAAACAAUUUAAACUAGAUUCAAACGUUUCGGGUAGCCUUCCACAAGCUUCCCACAAUAAGUUGGGUGAAUUUUGGCCCAUUCCUCCUGACAAAGCUGGUGUAACUGAGUCAGGUUUGUAGGCCUCCUUGCUCGCACACGCCUUUUCAGUUCUGCCCACAAAUUUUCUAUAGGACUGAUGCCAGGGCUUUGUGAUGGCCACUCCCAAUACCUUGACUUUGUUGUCCUUAAGCCAUUUUGCCACAACUUUGGAAAUAAAUAUACUAGGGGUCAUUGUCCAUUUGGAACACCCAUUUGCGACCAAGCUUUAACAUCCUGACUGAUGUCUUCAGAUGUUGCUUCAAUAUAUCCACAUAAUUUUCCUUCCUCAUGAUGCCAUCUAUUUUGUGAAGUGCACCAGUCCCUCCUGCAGCAAAGCACCCCCACAGCAUGAUGCUGCCACCCCCGUGCUUCACGGUUGGGAUGGUGUUCUUCGGCUUGCAAGACAUCCCCUUCUUCCUCCAAUCAUAACAAUGGUCAUUUUGGCCAAACAGUUCUAUUUUUGUUUCAUCAGACCAGAGGACAUUUCCCCAAAAAGUACGAUCUUUGUCCCCAUGUGCAGUUGCAAACCGUAGUCCGGCUUUUUUAUGGUGGUUUUGGAGCAGUGGCUUCUUCCUUGCUGAGUGGCCUUUCAGGUUAUGUCGAUAUAGGACUCGUUUUACUGUGGAUAUAGAUACUUUUGUACCUGUUUCCUCCAGCAUCUUCACAAGGUCCUUUGCUGUUGUUCCGGGAUUGAUUUGCACUUUUCGCAACCAAAGUACGUUCAUCUCUAGGAGACAGAACGCGUCUCCUUCCUGAGCGUUAUGACGGCUGCGUGGUCCCAUGGUGUUUAUACUUGCGUACUAUUGUUUGUACAGAUGAACGUGGUACCUUCAGGCGUUUGGAAAUUGCUCACAAGAAUGGACCAGACUUGUGGAGGUCUACAAUUUUUUCCUGAGGUCUUGGCUGAUUUCUUUUGAUUUUCCCAUGAUGUCAUGCAAAGAGACACUGAGUUUGAAGGUAGGCCUUGAGAUACAUCCACUGGUACACCUCCAAUUGACUCAAAUGAUGUCAAUUAGCUUAUCAGAAGCUUCUAAAGCCAUGACAUCUCAUCACCCCGAGAAGAGAACACCAUCCCCACAGUGAAGGAUGGUGGUGACAGCAUCAUGCUGUGGGGAUGUCUUUCAUCUGCAGGGACUGGGAAACUGGUCAGAAUUGAAGGAAUGAUGGCGCUAAAUACAGGGAAAUUCUUGAGGAAAACCUGUUUAGGUCUUCCAUAGAUUUGAGACUGGGACGGAGGUUCACCUUCCAGCAGGACAAUGACCCUAAGCAUACUGCUAAAGCAACACUCGAGUGGUUUAAGGGGAAACAUUUAAAAGUCUUGGAAUAGCCUAGCCAAAGCCCAGACCUCAAUCCAAUUGAGAAUCUGUGGCAUGACUUAAAGAUUGCUGUACACCAGCGGAACCCAUCCAACUUGAAGGAACUGGAGCAGUUUUGCCUUAAAGAAUGGGCAAAAAUCCCAGUGGCUAGAUUUGCCAAGUUUAUAGACACAUACCCCAACAGACUUGCAGCUGUAAUUGCUGCAAAAGGUGGCUCUACAAAGUAUUGACUUUGGGGGGAUGAAUAGUUAUGCACGCUCAAGUUUUAUUUAUUUUUUGUCUUAUUUAUUUUUUGUUUCACAAUAAAAAAUAUUUUGCAUCUUCAAAGUGGUAGGCAUGUUGUGUAAAUCAAAUGAUACACACCCCCCAAAAAAAUAUUUUAAUUCCAGGUUGUAAGGCAACAAAAUAGGACAAAUGCCAAGGGGGGUGAAUACUUUCGCAUGCCACUGUGUAUAUAUAUUUAUUUUCCUUUAUUAUUUUCCCCUAACCCUACCACCCCUCCCCUAAUUGGAAUAAACUAAUGUACAACAAUACUUAUGCUUCCAUUCCAGCUUAUACAUACUACAUACAUUUCACUGACAGUCAAUUUUACAUUAGUUAUCUUAGUUUGUUUUUAGUCACAGCCUUCAGCUACCCUCAACCCCUCCCAUCUAUCUCUGAAGACCAUCCAGUUUUGAUUUCUAGCUGCCAUAUAUUUUUCCACUGUGCUUUUGCUGUGUUUCAACGCACAUGCUUUUUGUGUCAUAGUUUGUUUCAUGUUUUUACAUAUACCUUACAUAAACUAAUGGAAAUGUUACUUUCUUUCAAAUAUUUAUAUUGAACAAAAAUAUAAAUGUAACCUGCAACAAUUUCAAAGAUUUUAUUGAGUUACAGUUCAUAGAAGGAAAUCAGUCAAUAGAAAUAGUCAUUAGGCCCUAAUUUACGGAUUUCACAUGAUUGGGCAGGGGUGCAGCCAUGGGUGGGCGGGCCUAUACCCUGCCAGACCCACCCCCAGCCAGGCCUAGCUAAUCAGAAUGAGUUAUUCCCCACAAAAGGGCUUUAUUACAGACAGAAAUGCUCCUCACUUUUGUCUUUCUUUCUCAGUUUAGUGAGCAUGCUUUUGAAGCACACACACAUGGAGGAUUACAAAUCAGUAUGAGGAGCUACCACGUGAUGGUGCCUCCGACAGCCUCUCGUCCCCUUCAGGCCUGCAGCACACAACGUUUACAGUAGACUUGUUUUGGCCUGUGGCUCAAAGCUUUCACCUAACUCAGAAGUAUCAACCUGAAGUAUGUCACAUUCACACAGUGACAUUUCAGUCCUGCGUUCAGUAUCAUGCAGUCUUAUACUUCAACUAUACAUGUUUCUAUGCACAUUUUCUGGCUUGUCAGAGUUUCCUUCAAUCUUAGCCAGGCCUGCUCAUAAUUGAUGUGUUGGUCCAAAGAGCCCCAGGAGGCAUUUGUAAUAGUCUCACUCUCUGUCAGUAUGGUGAUGACAUCACUGUAUCGCUAAUCGUACCUCCUGCCUCCCUCCUUUCCUGCUACCUUCAUCUAUCUUCCCUCCAAUCCCUCCCUCUGGAACCACUCUCUCUUUUAUCCCUCCCUGCUCGCCUAGUACCUGUCAGCCUCUCAUGUCCUCGCACUGUUCACAGAUUCACAGCUGCAUGCUAUGGGUACACGCAGACACAGGGGAGACACAAACUAACACAGCAGUGAUGCCCUGACCCCCACACAGCUGUCUGUGUUAAACCUCUUUCUCUCUUUCUACCCUCUGCUUGCUCUCUCUGUCGGUCUUUCUCUUCCCCCUCAGGUGUGGAUGUGUGGCGGGCGAAUGGAGGACAUCCCAUGCUCCAGGGUGGGUCACAUCUACAGGAAGUAUGUUCCCUACAAGGUCCCCGGCGGGGUCAGCCUGGCCAGGGUGAGUGUUGGAUUGGUUCCUAGACUCACCUUUCCCUCUCUAUUCUCCUCUUUAGAAGGGAUCUACAAAGAUAAAAAUGCCACAGUAUGUGGAACCUAUAUUGCAGAAUUUGUUAUUUUAAGUGUCUAGUAAAGAGAGCAUUCAUCUCCUCUGCUGAGUUUCUCUGCAAUAGUUGUAUCCUCAGCAACACACACCUUUAUAUUGCAGCCACAAACCCACCCACUAUCGUCACACACAUCAGGAAUGCUGUGGAGUGUUUGAAGUGAAUGUUGACUUUGUUCCACAGUCAGGCCCGGAGUGGGAAUGAACGAGUGAGAAAUUCCUCUUUCUUUCUGGUGGUGAAUUUAUUUAAACUCAUCACGCACCCGCCUCGCGCUGUGUUUUAACAACUUGAGCAUUCGGAAAUAACAGAGACUCUUAACAAAUGCAUUUUGUGCACUAAGUUAGAUAACUGACCUUGAUGAGGAAUACGCUGUAAAGACGCUUUAAACAGGUUUGCAGGUACGGAAUUUUUAGAUACCUUCUAUGCUUUGUUAUACACUACAUUACCAAAGGUAUGUGGACACCUGCUCGUCGAACAUCUCAUUCCAAAAUCAUAGGCAUUAAUAUUGAGUUGGUCCCCCCUUUGCGCCUAUAACAGCCUCCACUCUUCUGGGAAGGCUUUCCACUAGAUGUUGGAACAUUGCUGCUGGGACGUGCUUCCAUUCAGCCACAAUAGCAUUAGUGAAGUCGGACACUGAUUUUGGGCGAUUAGGCCUGGCUCGUAGUCGGCGUUCCAAUUCAUCCCAGAGGUGUUCGAUGGGGUUAAGGUCAGGGCUCUGUGCAGGCCAGUCAAGUUCUUCCACAUCGAUCUCGACAAACCAUUUCUGUAUGGAGCUCGCUUUGUGCACGGGGGAAUUGUCAUGCUGAAACAGGAAAGGGCCUUCCCCAACUGUUGCCACAAAGUUGGAAGCACAGAAUCGUCUAGAAUGUUGUACGCUGUAGUGUUCAGAUUUCCCUUUACUGGAACUAAGGGGCCUAGCCCAAACCAUGAAAAACAGCCCCAGACCAUUAUUCCUCCUCCACUAAACAGCCCUUACAGUUGACCGGGGCAGCUCUAGCAGGGAAGAAAUUUGACAAACUGACUUGUUGGAAAGGUGGAAUCCUAUGACGGUGCCACGUUGAAUGGCCAUUUUACUGCCAAUGUUUGUCUAUGGAGAUUGCAUGGCUGUGUGCUUGAUUUUAUACACCUGUCAGCAAUGGGUAUGGCUGAAAUGGCCAAAAACACUCAUUGGAAGGGGUGUCCAUAUACUUUUGUGUAUGUAUAUAUAGUGUAUUUCCACAUUCUUUCGAAACCUUUGGAAUGCAACUGAAACCAUCCAUUAUGUAUGCUGAUCCCUGCCCAAACCAUGUUUGGCUUGGUCGGAUGUGUAAUUGAAAACUAUUGGCCUGUUUUUUGGGGUUACUUUUUGGCUUGUGUUCUCAGAUGAAGAAGGCCUGUUUUGUCUGAGGGAGGAAUGUUAAUGACUGGAUUGGGGUCAAUAGUUAAACAUGUAUUUCUUCAGAAAGGAGAUGCACCAACAAAUACACAAGCACCUUAGAAAAGGCCUCCAGUUAGACAAGGCCGCCACUGCAAUAGUUAAAAUGCAUACAUAAUACGUACAUUCAUAUUGAUUGAUUUUCAAUAACAUGAUGCCGAAAGAAUGAAAACUGUGAAUGAUCGUGGGGUGAAUAUUGGACCUAAAAUAGAAAGUGCCUAUUAAGCACAACUUUGUGUUCAGCAUCAUCCUGGUUUCCCUUGUUCCUUUUUGAAGUGGAGCUCCGAGAAAGGGUGGAAUUCAGAGUCACAGAGGAGGCAUUAAUUGCUGGCCUGCGGCGCUGUUUCUUUUUUUUUGCUCCCACAAAACUUGACUGCAGCUGCCUUUCCUAGACCCCCCCCCCCCCAAUCAUUAGCACCACCCCACAGUAGAGUUGGGACUAUAAACCGAAAAUGAUCGACACCCAUCACUUUACGCAAUAUUGGUGAUUGUUAAUGGGACAAUUGAUGGCUACAACGAUCAAACUAGUAGUAGUAGUUUAAAUGAUCAUUUUAAACUGUGGUGCACAUUAAUGCUAGAAACGUAUCAUUCUAUUUAUUGUUAUCUCAUCAAUUCAGGCAAUUUAUUAUUUUCCAUAUCGCCCAACUCUACCCCACAGGCACAUCUCCCAAACCCCUCCUCAACCUGUCCUUGACUGAAAUUAAUGAGGUAUUAUACUGAACAAAAAUAUAAAACGCAACAUGUAAAGUGUUGGUCCCAUGUUUCAUGAGCUGAAAUAAAAGAUCUCAGAAAUGUUCCAUACGCACAAAAUGCUGUAUUCCCUCAAAUGUUGUGCACAAAUUUGUUUACAUCCAUGUUAGUGAGCAUUUCUCCUUUGCCAAGAUAAUCCAUCCACCUGACAGGUGUGGCAUAUCAAGAAGCUGAAUAAACAGCAUGAUCAUUACACAGGUGCACCUUGUGCUGGGGACAAUAAAAGGCCUCUCUAACAUGUGCAGUUUUGUCACACAACACAAUGCCACAGAUGUCUCACGUUUUGAUGGAGCGUGCAAUUGGCAUGCUGACUGCAGGAACGUCCACCAGAGCUGUUGCCAGAGAAUUUAAUGUUCAUUUCUCUACCAUAAGCCAACUCCAACAUCAUUUUAGAGAAUUUGGCAGUACUUCCAACCGGCCCCACAACGGCAGACCAUGUGUAACCAUGCCAGCCCAGGACCUCCACAUCCGGCUUCUUCACCUACAGGAUCGUCUGAGACCAGCCACCUGGACAGCUGAUGAAACAGAGGAGUAUUUCUGUCUAAUAAAGCCAUUUUGUGGGGAACAACUCAUUCUGAUUGGCUGGGCCUGACUCCCCAAUGGUUGGACCUGGCUCCCAAGUGGGUGGGCCUAUGCCCUCCCAGGCCCAUCCAUGGCUGCACCCCUGUCCAGUCGUGAAAUCCAUAGAUUAGGGCAUAAUGAAUUUAUUUCAAUUGAAUGAUUUCCUUAUAUGAACUGUAACAGUAAAAUCGUUGAAAUUGUUGCAUGUUGCGCUUAUAUUUUUGUUCAGUAUAUUUUUGUUCAGCCAUCCAGCAGUCAACGAGACCCCAGAGGACUGUUGGCAUCCAUCCCUCUCCUACAGUCAUGGUGGAGCAACAGUGUUUUAACCCAUUCUCUUCUCCCUUGGUCCCUGUACAGAACCUAAAGCGAGUGGCGGAGGUGUGGAUGGAUGAGUAUGCAGAGUAUAUCUACCAGCGGAGGCCAGAGUACAGGCACCUGUCAGCAGGAGACAUGACUGUGCAGAAGGACCUGAGGAGUAGCCUCAACUGUAAGAGCUUCAAGUGGUUCAUGACAGAGGUGGCCUGGGACCUGCCCAAGCACUACCCACCUGUGGAGCCCCCUGCUGCCGCCUGGGGAGAGGUACACAUUCAUUUACUAGUUUAUUUAGAGCGAGAGACCGACAGCUAGAAAGAUAAAAAGUUAGGAGAUAGAGAGAAGCGCAAGCGAGACGGUAGAUGGAGAGAAAGUUAGAAGAGAAAGGGAGAGACAGUGUCUGGCCUGUGACAGCCCGGUGUCACUGUGUCACUUCGUCACUUCAGCCGUCAGAGGGCCAAGCUCCUGUCACAGCCUCCUCUUCAUCAUUACUCAUCAUCAUCAUCAUCACACUUUUUCACUAAAGAGGAGAGCUGACAGUUAGAGCUGAGAGAUCCAGACAGAGCCCUAGUCAGUGGUUAAUACACUGACUAGUAUUGAAUGAUGACUGGGCAUUUCUGUCUUUCUCUGUUAACCGGUUUGUCUGCUUCUGUGUGUUUUAGCUGCGCAACUUAGGCAGUGACAUGUGCAUGGAGAACAAACACUUUUCGUCUGGGUCUCCCAUCCGCCUGGAGACAUGUCUUAAGGGGCGGGGCGAGGCCGGGUGGAGCCAUGGACAGGUGAGGAGCUUAGUACACACCACUAAAUUCAGACACCUGUCUGCUGUGACACGUACUAGUUUUCCUCUAGUUUUGCAUACACUUAACUUCAUUUUGUACUGUGUACAGACAGCUUUCUGCCUUCAUAAGUACUACCAACACACACACACACGCGUUAUGUUUUUCUUUUCUCGUGGGGAAGUAAACAUUUCCAUUCAAAAUCCUACUUUCCCUAACCGUAACCCAAACCCUAAACCUAACCCCUAAGCUUAAUGUAGCUUUCGUCCUCAUAGGGACGUGGGAAAUGUCCCCACGAGGGAGAAUUUUCCUUAUUUUACUAUCCUUGUGGGGACUUUUGUGGAUUUUAGGUCCCCACAAGGAUAGAAGAACCAACCCCCACACACACACACUGGUGCCAUUCUCUCACACACACACACACAUGCACACUUCAUUAUCUCUUCUGUUCUAAUGUAGUCCCAUUUGUUCCCCUUGUCAUCCAAAAUAAUUUUUAGAAGAGCUCAUAACCGAAUGUUGAUGGAUGGCCAUGUUUUCUCUUUAUUUUCUAAGUUGCCUGCUCUGACUCUGUGCUUUGACAGUUUAAUUACAGUAAUUUAAAGAGCUGUUGUAGUUUAAUCUCUGUCAUGGUUGCAAUUUGUAUUCAAUGCUGGGACGACAAACUGCAUCAGUGCAAAUCAAAGAACUCUGUCUGGCUACAGUCCAAGCCGGGGCCUUUUGAAUAUUACAGCAGAGGAGCCCCUUCCAAACAACUAUUUUGACCGAUGUUGGAACUCCCAGGGCGGUUCUCUUCAACCCUAGUUCUGAAGACUCACACGGUGUGCAGGCUUUUGUUCCAGCUUAUUAUUAACACACCUCAAAGGCAUGAUGAGUUAAAUCAGAUGUUAGUACUGGGCUAGAACAAAUGCCUGCCCUGUGGGUCUCCCAGGAUCAGGAGUGACACUUGCUCCAAGAGGAGAGCUAGAAGUGGGGGGCCCCUCUCCUGAGGUUUUCUGAUCCAAGUUGUCUCUGCCCCCUCCAGGUGUUCACGUUUGGCUGGAGGGAGGACAUCCGCGUGGGGGACCCCAUGCACACUAAGAAGGUGUGUUUUGAUGCCAUCUCCCACAACAGCCCCGUCACCCUGUACGACUGCCACGGCAUGAAGGGCAACCAGCUGUGGCGCUACAGGAAGGUAAGAUCUCUCUUUCUCAUUCACCCACACACACCCUCUUUUUCCAAGUAAAAAGACAAGUUUGUGAGUUGCUUGUGGUGCACUUUUUUGUUAAAGCCGAACAAGCUUCAAGAUGUAUUUUUGAUCCUUUGUAUUUCCUUCUCCUUUUGAUAAAAUGCCACAGGCUGCUACACAUUGAUAAUGCAGUAUUCGCCUAGAUAGAAAACGACUUUCACCUGUUUAAGCUUGGUGUACCCUGUUAGAACAAAAUGACUCCUAGUUUUCCAUGCAGGCUAAUAAGUAUGUAUUUAUAAAAUUACCUAUUUUUGAAAAUAUUUUCAGUUAAAUGCACUGUAAUUAAAUAAUCAUUACCAUCUCUCUCGCCUCUUUUCUCUCCCUCCAUCUCUGUAGGAUAAAAGUUUAUAUCACCACAUCAGUAACAGCUGUAUCGACAGCAACCCCACAGAGAGAAAGGUGUUUAUGAACACGUGUGACCCCAGCGUCCCCAGCCAGCAGUGGGUGUUUGAGAAGACCAACACCACGGUGCUGGAGACGUUCAACCGCAGUAACAAC